CUGGAAGUGGCUACCGCUAAGACAAGUUUCUAAACCUUAGCCGCUUACUUACAUCACCGACAUUGGACUCUUACCACUCAUAAAACACAGGCAGAUUGCCGUGAUAGUCGCAUGAACACAGACAUGAAGGUAUCCAUGUUGGCACUUUGUUGAAACAGCUAAACUACGGCCCGGGUCUUCACAUUCGUAUGAGGUGACAUCUUUCUCGAUGCUACUUAAUUGUACACCCACUUUGCACGUUCGCAAAAGCGACUGGAAUAUUGUUUUUUUACAAAAGAAAUUGGGACAUUGCUUUUUUAUUUUUCCCCAUUUAAUUUACCGUUGAUACAUAUCGUUUAUUACAAAGUUCGCUCAGAUUCGAUAUCAGAGCCACAUGUGUUGAAUCUAUCUGCAAACGUUUCUUGUAUAAAAAUUUAAUCAAAACUAAAAUCAUGGAAAGUGAUGGUUACAAAGAUAUGACAAGUGAUACCUACAAAUGUUUAGAAAAGGAGGUUUGUUCUAUGAACGACACCCAACCAUGUGAAUUGCUUUCAGAUAUUUUGAGUUGUGAUUUGUCUGACGAAGUAUACUCGUUUAGUCUCUAUAAGAAUGAAAACCUGCUAUCUGAGAUUCAUCAAUUUGCAAAAAUGGCAUUACUUUAAUCGGAUCAGCCCCGUGAUGACUACAGAAAGUGGGAAAGCAAUUAUUUGCCUCUAUUUGUGACAUUACUACAGCACCAAAAGUAUUUUAUGAAGAACAAAAAUGCUCAAGAGGUUAUUUUAAAGGUAUCGAAGGUCAUUAAUGAUCAAGUGACAGAUGAAGAAAUAAGUACAACGCUGGGAUUUUCGUCUAUAACUGAAAAUGAUUUUCUCUUUCAUAUGGAGUGGGGUAAAUAUGGAGAUUGCAGCUUGAUAAAACUCGACAAAGCAUUGUCAAACAUGAUCCAUAAUGAGUAACUACAUUCGCUGAAUAGCAUCGUAGAAACCGAGGAUACUUGCCUGUAUUGUUAUGCAGACACUAUCUACCUUAUUGUUGAAAAUUCGGUGCAACUAAAAGCUGCAAUUGAUAUUAGUUGUCCUCACUUAUUUUCAUCAGAAAUUGUCUUUGAAAAAGGUAUCGACUUUGUUUUGUUUGGCGGGGCUUGUCAAAGAUAUUCGGUAAAAUUACCUCGUACAGAAGCUUUUUUCAGUUAUCUCGAAAACUUAAUGAACAAAACAUCAUCGAAGUUCAAAAUUCUCAUAAUGAAUUUCGGUGAUAAUGGACAAAGAAAACAGAAAUCCACCGCAGAGCAAAGACAACUUAGAAACGACUUUAAGUUAAACACAAUCGGGGCCGAGUGUAAGAAUAUGAUGCCUUGGGAGAAUAAUAAAGAUGGUGAGGUCGAAGAAUAUUUACAAAGCGAGCAAAUAACAAUAACGGUUGCUCCUGGUUUAGAGCACUCAAGGGUUUUGCCAUUGUUUCCUGUGGAAACAAGAACAGAAGAACAACAAAGGCAUAUACACAUGCAAGCCACCGAAGAAUUUCAUGUAAGAAAUGAACAAACUAUUUCGAUAGCGUCUAAUAGGGGAAGUCUACAGAUUCGGUCAACAGCCGAUCAAACACUUCCAUCUCCAGUUCUACCAUCUUUGGUUUCACCUGUCAAUGUCCGAAGUAUGACUGGACAUUUAGAUCAAGCAAGGCAGUAUACAGGUCCAGAAACAGACAGUUUUAUCGAUAUAUAUAUUCAGCCAUCUAGAGCGGAGGGGAUUCAAGAAAGUCAACAUUUAAACUCUGAAUUUGAUGAGAUUGGAGAGCAUGAUGAACGAAGUAAUUCAAUAAAUGAGAACAACACUUUGCUAAACAUACCUACACCAAACAGGAAAGAAAUACUACGCAGGGAACUUGGUGCUACAGCCGAAAAUUCGACCAACGACUUAGCUGGUGGAGUGAAUAACCUCCAUAUUACUAAUCCUGAUAUCAAACGAUCGAUCGAAGAGCAGAGGAGAAUAUGUACUGUAGACAUGGGGUUCAGUAAUGAGAUGUUUUCCUUCGCAGUGAACGAACUAAGACAACAAGGUUAUCAGAGACCAAGUAUAGAAGCCAUUGUGGCUACAAUUGAGACAAUACACAACAGAAGUCAACAUGAUACGGACAUCCGAAGUAACGGGAACAGGAAGAAAACAAGUCAAGAACCCACACCAUUGCAGAACAGAAUAAAAAAUAAAGCAUAUAACACAUACAAUCUAAGACUGACAUCAUUUGCGAAAUGGCCAGAACACAUAGCACAAAGACCGCCGAAACUCGCUGAGGCUGGAUUGUAUUAUACGGGCAAAGACGACCACGUUCGUUGCUUUGCCUGCGACGGAGGACUGAGGCAGUGGGAUCCAGAAGACGAUCCGUAGAGAGAGCACUGCAAAUGGUUCCCAACCUGUCCCUUUGCGCGGGAACAGAAAGGAGACGAGUUUAUCGCUCGUGUGCAAGCGCCUGAAGGCCAGAACGUCGAGGAAGUUGGUGCUGCUGCCGGAAAUUCAACCAACGACUUAGUUGGUGAAGUAUAUAAUCACCAUAUUACUGAAGAACAGAGGAAGAUAUGUAUUGAGGACAUGGGGUUCAGUAGUGAGAUGUUAAUGUUCGCAUCGAGCGAACUCAAACAACAAGGUAAUCAGAAACCAAGUAUAGAAGACAUUGUUGAUGCAAUUGAGGUUAUAAACGACAGUAAUCAACAUUCUACAGAGAUCCGGAGUAACAUAAACAGGAAUUAACACGUCAAGAGUUACUUCAGGAAAAUAAAAGGAUGAAACAGAUGCGCACCUGUUUCAUAUGCCAGGACAACCAAGUCAACGCUUUGUUUUUACCUUGUACACAUCAUCGAUUCUGCAUGGAUUGUUCAGAUGGCCUGAGAGAGUGCCCUGUUUGCUCGAAGCCAAUUAGAAGAACAAUUAAAACAUAGAAGGGAUGAUUAUCUAAGUGGUUCAGGACAUAAAACAAAUGUAGAAAUAAAGUCAAAUAAUAUAAUCGUUUUUAAGCUUGACUGAUAUUUAAGCCUGCCUUCUGAAUAAGAUGGUCAUCGCUCUCAUAUAUGGCCGCUGUAAAAAGAUAUUUUCUACUCAU